GUUAAUUGCUGUUGCUUUUGUAUAAUUUUUCUGGAAUAGCAAGUUUUUAAAGAUAGUUCUUGCUAGAUUCUUGUGUAUUUUUAGAAAUAUAAUCGUGUUAAAGUCUUCAAGGCUGAAAUUACAAAUUAAAAAGCAUUACUACAUCAUUGGUAUUACAGGAUGGAAUGUUAUGCUGUGUCUAAGCAGCCUUUCUAGUAUGUUUUGCAUGAUGGGUACAUUUUUCUCACAUAAAAUUUCAUAGUUCUUUUUAUGAAACAAUUGAAUGUUUUUAUAUUGCAGAGAAAUCAUAGGCAACUCCUGUAAAAAGUGAAAGAAAAAGUCUAAUGGAGACCAUGAAGAUCCCAAAACUGUUCUGCGUGUUUGCACUUUUUACAUGUGCUGCUAUUUAUGCUGUAUAUAUAAAGUGGAAUUUUGACUAUAAAAGAAAAGCUGCUGACAUUGGUUUGGAAAAGCAGCUUGGUGCUGAGAUCUCAAGAAAAGAUGAGGCAGUUCUUUAUGGAAUUAUGUUUGAUGCUGGAAGCACUGGGACUCGAAUACAUGUAUUCCGAUUUGCACAGAAACCAAAAGAACUUCCUAGACUAAUUGAUACCACAUUCAAAGCAUUAAAACCAGGACUCUCUGCGUAUGCUGACAAUGUGGAUAAGUGUGCUCAAGGAAUAAAUGAGUUAUUGGCAGUUGCUAAAGAAGCUGUUCCUAUGAAUUUGUGGAAGUUGACUCCCUUAGUUCUUAAAGCAACUGCUGGCCUGAGACUGCUGCCAGGAGAAAAGGCACAGAAAUUAUUGGAUAAGGUAAAGGACAUUUUUCAAGAGUCUCCAUUCUUUAUAGGAAGUGAUUGUGUCUCCAUAAUGGAUGGAUCAGAUGAAGGUAUUUCAGCAUGGAUCACAAUCAAUUUUUUAACAGAUAGCUUGAAUAAUCCAACGAAGAAAUGUGUAGGAAUGCUAGAUUUAGGUGGUGGAUCUACUCAAAUCACAUUUCGCCCAAGCACCGAAACAUCUGUGGAGAACUCAACUACUGAACACAUGACUUCAUUUAAUUUGUUUAAUACCGUGUAUAAACUGGAUUCACACAGUUACUUGGGACUUGGAUUAAUGUCAGCAAGACUUGCAAUUUUAGGAGGAGUUGAAGGACAAGCCUUGAAAGAAGGUGAAGAACUAGCAAGUCCCUGCUUAUCACUUAAUUAUCAAGGGGAAUGGGAACAUGCCAAGAUACUGUACAGAAUUAAAGGGCAGAAAACAGGAAGGUCUCUUUUUGAAUCAUGUCAUAAUGAAAUAUCAAAAGUGCUCAACAAGAAAAUUCAUGAGACAGCCAGUAUGAGGGACUUGGAUUUCUAUGCUUUUUCCUACUAUUAUGACUUGGCAGUGGAUGCUGGUUUAAUAGAUAAGGAAGAAGGAGGGAUCCUGUCAGUCAGGAUGUUUGAAAGUGCAGCCAAGAAAGUGUGUAAAACAAUGGAGAUUCAGCAAGAAAAGCAUCCUUUCUUAUGCAUGGAUCUCACCUAUGUCAGUCUGCUGCUGAAGGAACUGGGCUUUCCCAAGAAUCACACUCUCAAGCUGGCCCAGAAGAUCAACAACAUUGAAACCAGCUGGGCUUUGGGAGCAAUUCUUCACUACAUGGAUUCACUUCACAUGCUAUAAUAUUAGGGAUUUACUGCCUGGGGAAAAUGAGUCUAGAAGACCGGACCUGACUGAUUCCUCUGAAAAAAGACUAAAAGUAAAAUAUUUUUUUAAAUGUUGGUAUCUUUCAGUAAGGAUGCUAGUACUUCAGUUUGGUAGCUUUAGGUACCCAGUAUUGUCCUGGGAUCACAAAUACUUUUUAGUGUCAAGCAAAAUCAGUAACACUUAUUCUGGAAAAGAAUAAGCCUUGACAGUUAAAAUCAGAAGCAUAUCAGAAAUCAAACCAAGUGAUUGUAAAAUAUAUCCUUUGAUUUAUAAUGAACAUUUGUUGAUGAUCUCUGGUUUAUUUGAUAUUCUUUAUGAGAAAAGCACUUAAUCUUUAGACAGGCCUUUUGCCAUCUUGCUGCAAGCAUAUAAAAGCUAGCAUCAGAAACAAGCAACUUUUUUGUUGCAUACCUUUGGAUGUUAGGCUGUAGGCAUUCAGAUUUUAAAAUAUAUGAAAAUUUUUCAUACUUGUUUAAAAACAUUGUAAUGUUUGUGAAACUCUUACUAGUAUAUAUUUAGAUUUGCCUUUUGAAAAUCAGUUUUUAAUUCUUCAGAGCCUUGGAGGUACUGGUUUAUUUUGGGAGAGAUAAGCUGGGCAAGGUGCCUGCUCUACAGCUGAAUUCAGUUGAUGUUCCUUGAUUAUGACUAAAAUUCCCUAUGUGGUAGAGCUAGAACAUUCACAAGAGGGAACAGGAGAAUUGUAAGCCAGUCUUCUAUAGACAUUUUGGUAUAUAUAGCCUCCCAUACAAAGAAGUGGUUUGGCCAAACAUCCUAAUGUACAAAUGGCUUGCAUAAAAAUGUGAGGAUCCUAUAACGGUGCUUGUUAAAUUAUGAAGGUGAACUAAAUAAUUAAAGAAGUAACACAUUUUGUAGAGAUUAAAUUCUUGGCAUACAAAUCUUAUUUUCACCAGUAAAAAUGAACAGUCUCUCCUGGAAUUUUCUGAUUCUUGUGUAAAUUGUAUCUCAGUAUAUUAGAAGUUUCCUUGUAUUUAAAUUCACCAUUAUUUUAAAAUACAGAGCAUUGUGUCUUGUUGCCUUGUCCUCAGUAUGGAACAUAAUGAGCAUUGGUUAUGGGACUUAAAGCAUAAACAAAAUAUCAGUAUCCAGGUUAGCCUGACUCAAGUUGGGUUCAUGCACCACAUUAAGCCAUAAAGUGUAUGUCCAGGUAGUCCUCGUUUAAUGACUGCCUUGGACAGUGACUGUUUGCAGUUACUGUGGUGAUGAAACAGGAACUUUGCAACCAACACCCACAUUUACAACCUUCGUAGCAUCUCUCUCUCUCAGUCAAGUGUUCACUAUUACAGUCAGCAUGUGUUGUCCUAUGCCUAACCCAUUUUCUUCUUACCCCAUCCUCACCCUUGCAGAGCGAGUUAUUGCCUAAACAAGCUAUCUCCUCCUGAGCUACUUUUCUCUGUAGCACAGUGGGUCCCUAAAAAAUGCUAACCAGAAGUUAACAAGCUCAGCCUCAUGACCUUAAUUAGUUGAUUAGAACCUCCAGCCUGCCCUGCUGCCUGACACUGACAAG